GGGAAUAUGCAUUUCGAGCAAUUUUCAAGAUGGCGAGAAAGCGUACGCCACAAGAAACAUGUAAAUUUUCACUGCCGUGUAACAUCAUUAUUGCUUCGAUAGCAUGACCGUUUCCCACGAAUUCAUGUUUCAUAGACUGUGCAACGCAUCAACAUUUUUCUUCGUAAAGGUUUUCUAAAGAAUAAAAGAUGGCAGAGAAUCUUGUAAACGGAGAUGCCGACAGUAAGUUUGAUACGGUUCAAGCUGCGCUAUUAACCAUCAAUGCUGCUGGUGCAUUGGAAACCACAUUUGAUACGUGUACUUCAACUGACAUUGAAGGGGAGGAUGUGGAGAGAGUCAAGCGUAAAUCGCACCAUGCGGAGAUUGAGAAAAGGCGAAAGUCAAAACUCAAUGAGGGCAUCAACAAACUCAUUGAGAUUCUCCCAAAACAGGAUGCCAGAAGAAGCAAAGUACAGAUCCUUGAAGAUACUUACAAUCUGGUGGUAGAGCUUCAGAAGAAAUGCCAGCACCUUAUGAUCCAAAACGCACCAGAAUCAGAAGUUGAUGAAAUCAAACGUCUCAUGGAAGAGAACGCCAAGCUGAAGAAGGAAAAGGAAGACUGGUCGGAAUUUCUGAAAACAAUGAACAUCAACACUGACAUUAAAACUCACAUGAAAGCUGUCAUGCAGGGCAAAGGAAAGAGAAAUUACAAAUCGGAACCCCCUCAUGAACAGCUGCUGGGGAGCAGUCAGAACUUAGGAGCUGGUCAGAACAUCAUCAUCCAGUCUCCCACGACUGCUGUCAUGGGGUCUCCCAACCUUGUCACAAUGCCUACGAAUCAGAUGACGAUACCCAUCGCGAGUGGGAACAGGAUGGAUGGCAAUGUCAUGCAGGGUGGAGGUAAUCAAGGUGGAAUGCUGCUGGUGACUACAAGCAGGUCAGGAACCGAUUCCAAGCCAUCGCUGACCUUAGCAAACAAUCAAAUCAAUGUGGUUGGCAAUGAAAGACCAGAAGCGGAGGGACAGUCGCCGCUCCCAAAGCCGUUGGGCCAAACUGGAGAGGACAAUGCUGUGUCUGCCACGAGCCAAGGCGGGCAAGGCAUCUCGGCAAUUACCUGCACGCAUGAGGCUUCAAAUCAUAGCUCUGUCGGGCAGGUUAAUACAACAACUGCGGAAUCAAAGAACACCACCGCUGUAACGCAGGUCAUAAGUACCCCGAUCACCACACCAGCAUCGCAGAACCAAGUCCUCCUGCAGUCCGGGACAGGGAGUGGUGUGAGGAUAGUUCAGCAGCAACCGGUCCAGUCGCAAGGUCAGACUGUGCUGAUCCAGUUACCUGGUCAACCUGGGCAGUAUAUCCCUGUUCGAAUCGCACCACAGAUGAAUCAGCCACAGCAGGUGAUCCUUACCUCUCAGCAGGGCGUCAAUGUCGUUGGGACUCGAGGCAGUGCAAUCCAACCCAAGACUCCAGUGAAGAAGAAACAACCUGCACAGCCGAAAUUAAAGAACCUUUGCCCUCUCCCACCAGACUCCCGUAAGCCAAACUCUCCCAUAGCCUCCCAAUCCAACGUGCAACCAAUAGCUCCUAACACUGUCACUGUUAGAUUACCGAUGAACCCUACUGCCAAUCAACAAGGUACGGUUGUGAUGACCAGUCAGGGUCAGGUGAUCCUCCAACAGCCUUCAAAUACGAUCCUUUCAGGUGGUGUGAACAUGCAAAUGCCCAUGCAGGUGGUUCCUAAACCUCCUGUAACUCAGAACAUUGUGUACAUCCAGCAGAAUGGACAACUCAUACCUGUCAUCUUGCAGCAAAACCAGAGUAAUGUCCAGCAGGGUGUUCAACAGGGUGUGCAACAGACGAACACCAUUAUUCAACAAGGUCAGCAGCAGCAGCAGCAACCUCAACAGCAACAUCAACCACAGCAGCAGCUAAAAAUGCAGGGGUCUGAAAGUAUUGCCUCACAACCUGUUCAGUCUGCUGCCACCAUGGAAAGUGCUGGCAACCAAGUUUCUGCAUCGGCAUCUGGAGCUGCCGUUGCCUCCGGCGGCAUUGCCAUGACCCAACCUGCUCCUAUUGCUUCUAGCCAGGCACAUCUAUUAGAUAGUAGCACCAUCCCGGCAUCUUCCUCAUCCAAGGUGGUUUCAAAUUCCUUUCAGGGUAAUGACCUGAUGACCUCUCUUGCCAUUGAAACCACAUCAACUCAUAGUGAUCAAGGAAGAGGACAAGGAAAUGGUGGCUUUGCUGCAAAUGACAUCCUGGCCAAAGCAACAGAGAGCAUUUUCUCUACUCAUUCUGAGACAUCUCCUAUGCAACUUGGAGAUCUGCACGAUUCCCAUGGUCAUGCAGCCAAUCAGUCAGUGAUCAAAAACACAAAUGGAAUAUUUGGUCAUCAGACGACUCAACCAGGAAUCGAGAUCUAUGAUCUCCCAGAUGAGAUGGAUACAUCCUCCAGCAAGGGCAAACACAAGAAGAAAAAGAAGAAAAAGUCAAAGUCCAAAGAGAAAGAAAAGAAAAAGAAAGACAAAGACAAGGAUAAAGAGAAAGAUAAGGAGAAGAGUAAGAAAAUAGAUUUUCCUUUGCCUACAGUUCCAAGCUCCGAUAAUAAUGCUGAUAUUGGUGAUGAUCAAGAGAUGGCUACAGAAGCAUUAUUGGAGAGUCUUAUGCAAGAAACCCUGGGAACAGGAGGCAUUGAUGAUAGCAGUAAUACAGAGACUGUGAUGAAGCUUUCCUCGAAUCCAUCAUUACAUAGUAAUAUCCCAGUAUCAUCGAAUGGCAAUGUCCAAAUUUCCAAUUAUUCAGCAGCAGCCUUAUUGAACUCAAAUACACGGGAAACUUUAGCAGGGAAUCAGAAUAAUACAACACAAGUGUCGUCCGCCACUGUUUCGUCAUCAGAAACAAAUGGGCAAGCAAUCUUCAGUACAUUCAACGACAUUCUCAGCAAUUCAAUGAGUGUUAGUGGCCUUCCAACGUACAUCGAUGAUGAGGAAGACAUAGUUCCUGGAAACAACUCUCGUGAAGGCCCACCCUGUACAUCAACAGCCAGUGAGGACGUCCCAACCUCAUUAUCUGUUGUCACAUCAAGCGCCUGUACUCAGAACCAGCCAAGUAAUUCAUUGUCUCUGUCAUUGCCUCAGAGCACAGAUAGGAUGAUUCCAAUUGAACAAAAGACGCCAGAUUCAUCCAAAGUAGCAACUACGCCUACUUCUGAUGGCUUCCAAAGCUAUAUGUCACCUACCAGCUUCCCCUCAAUCAGUAGCCUUUUAGAGCAAACUACCAGUGCAGAAAGAGAGGCUUCCAUUUCAUCACUUCCAUCAAGCACACAAAAGGAUGAUUCUCCUACAAGUGGAUUUACACCAUCAUCAAGUGGACCUUUCCAACAUGGCUGGAUCUCACAUCACUCCAAAGCUUCAGAGCUAGCUCGGGGAAUACAACCAGCGAAAUCACAUUCUCCGGUCAGCACACCCUCCCUGAUGAGUUCAACAAGCACAACGCUGGCUACAUCCACAAGCAUGGCUGUGAGUACUUGCCCAUCUGUAAAUAUCUCACCUCCAAACACAUCAUUGCAGAGUUCAAAUACGGGUAACGGAAGCAAGUCUUCACCUCCACUUAACCUCCUCUCACAGCCUUGGUUGAAUCCCUCAACGGAUAACCUGUCGGAUGUGGCAAGCCAGCCAGACUUGGGAAGCACCAGCUUGCAACAACAGCAGCAAUUAGUAGAUAUUCUCCAAGGAUUCUCUGCCACCAAGGUGUCUUUAGCCUCUCAGGCCAACACAGAGGUCAUGUCAAGUACAACUGAUAUUCAUGGCGCCCUUCCCAAGUCUCAACCCUCACUGGAAUCAUUAUUUGGUUUGCCUCCCUUUGGUGAAACUCGACAGAGCACUCAGACGGUGUCAAAUGGGGAUCCUUUCCAAAGCAUUUCAAGUAUAAUAGAUUCAAAUAAGACCAGAUCCACUCCCGUCACCAGGGAUAAUUUCCUAGGACUUCCUCCGUAUUCCAUUCAGACUACUACUAGUUCUUCCGCCCCGGUUAUGGAGCAGACUUCAGUUUUCCAAGAAUCUCCUUUAGAUCAAAACAGGCAAUCAUCCUCUAGUAGUUCAUCAAAGCCAAGUAAUGCGCCACCAAGUUAUUCGCUGAUAAAUCGGGUGACAGCUGUAGUAGAUAAAUACAAUGAACGGAAAGCCCCUACUGCUGCCAAGAAUGUUCCGAAAGUGCCUGACAUAAAUCAUGUAGAAAGCAAUCCAGCAAAUGAACAAGUGUUUGAGAAUGUAAUCCAGGAGAAAAAUAGGCCUGUUUCCGAGAUUGGACCAGUUACCAGCAGUAGUCAGAGUCGCUACGUUCACCCAAAAAGCAGGGCAUUGGCAUCUGUUGCCAUGCAAGAAUCCUCUCCUGCAGUUCAAACCAAUAGCAGUAUGUUUGGUGCACAAAAAUUUCCCUCUGUACCUCAAGUGAAGCAAAGGAACACUAAUCAGAAAAGUGUAAACCCGAAGAAAUCUCAGUUACCAGUGAAAAACUUUUCAACGGCAACUCUCCAUAGAACACUUACUGCUGAUAUUUCAGAAGAAGGUGGCUCGGAAAAAGACCAGAAUGAGGAAUUGGGAGCCCCCUUGCAGCCAGAGCCACCACAAGAAGCACCUCAACAAUUGCCAUUUAUUACAGUACCGGAGCAGCCUCAACAUCACCCACAACAGCCUGCUGUCCAGUGUGUACAACCUGAGGCAUCAGCUCCACAGCAGUCCACCAAAACAAAGAGCAAAGGUUCAAAGAAAAGACAGAAAGAAAAGCCACAGAUCGAACCUCCAAAGCCAACGGAUGAAGAUAAUGUUGGGAGGAGAGAACUUGACAAGUCUCUUGUCAAUAGGUUCCCUUGGCUUGCUGAAGCUAAUGGAAAGUCGGGUGAUAAACAGGCAGGGGGUACGGGCCAACAGACAAGCAAUACUAAUCCAUCAGCAUUUAGUGUCCAGAGCAUCUCUCAAAGUUCUUCAAAGAGCUCUCUGCCAAAGUCUAGAGGGAAUCCAGGUCGGGCAGAAGUUGUCCAGAAUCCACCUCCGUAUCCUUCAAGAUCUCCUGCAGUUUCAGCAGAUUCACAUAAUCAAUCUCUUUGGAAUCCCUCAAGUUUUGAUUCCAAUCCUCCAGUAUCUUCCGCUUCAUCUUCAUUGAUCUCCCCCAAGCAAACUUCACAGGACAGGACACAAAGGCACCAUCCCCUCAGCUCUGCUGAUCAAAGCCAUCAAAACAAUCCAAAUUCUAUGAACAUAGCUCUACAAAAUAGACAAAGUACUGGAAACAAUAGACCUCCAAUGUAUCAAGCAACAAGUUCAAAUGAUGUCCAGGCAGCUGUCAAUGCUGCAGUCAACAAAGCAACACAGCAGGCACUUCUAGCAAGAAGCAUGGCAGGAAAUCCCACAGUCCCAGAGAAGACGAGAAAUGUUUCUUCGACGAAGAAAGGUUCACAGCGUCCAAAGGCCGGGGGUCCUAGUCAGAUCUUGAGACAAUCAGAUAUAGAUGAUGGUCUUGACUUCUUGAACUCUACAUCAACCAGUUCUAACUUUCCAACCUCAUUGACCUCUGUCAAUAUAGAUAUUUUUGAUAAUUCCUUGGGGAGUUCCUCUAUGAUAUCUAGGCCGUCUGAGCAACCUAGCCAACGAUCUGGAGGUCGAUCACGACCUGCAGACAAGCAAUCCAGAGUUGAUACCUCUAAUCCCAACACUCUGUUACAAAGUGACUUUUCUAAUGUUCCCCAAGAUACAUUCUCAUUCUCGCAGUGGAAUCUAGAACCUCAACAGACUGAAGAUAGGGAAAACGCGAGAGGUAAUUCCCAAAAGAUGCAAGAACUUGCUUCUCCCCCUAUGCAGCAAAUGCAUCAACGUGGAGGUAAUAACUGUGUGAAUGUAAACUUUGGAGAUUCCUCAAAUCUUGGGUCAGGUGAUGAUCUAGACUUCUCAAGUUUGCCUUCUUUUCCAUCGUCUAAUCAGCAACAGCAGCAGCAGCAGCAGCACACUCCAUCUGAUAGACAGACUCCUCAGAACCAAUCCUAUUCAGUACCAAGUGGAAGGUCUAGUGUGGCAUCUAUGGAACCAAGCCCAAUGCAGCCAAGUCCUAUGAAUUAUAAUGUACAGGAAGGUAGUCAUAUGUCACAGAUAAAUGAGAUGCCGCAUUCAAACUCUAGCAGUAGAGGUCCUCCUAGCGUUGAAACUCCUCAGCAGCAGAGGAGAAUGACACAGUCACCUAUGGUUCAGAGUAGCCACCAAGGACAAGGGAUCAAGAGAGCAGCAACAGAUGGGCAUCACUUGAAUGUGGCCAAGAAAGCACAUAGUGCGAUGCAUUCUGGUCGCAGAGCUACCCAACAGUCAAAUCCCGAUUCGAGGCAUCAUUCUUCAAUGCACAAUAACCCCCAGUCCCAAGGCCACAGCAAUUUGAUGCAGUUUCAUUCAUCCACUUCCAAUACGCCCAACCAGUCUUCUGAAAGUGUCUUUGCAGGCGGGGAAGUCCAGAGAAUCACGUACCCAUCACAAGGUGGGGGCGGGAGAGUACAAGAAAGCAGUCGGUCCAAGAAGCGAGCCCCAAACCCUUCGGACAGUAUUUUUGCCCGGGAUCCGCACGAGAUCGAUGGAACUCGCAGUACGUCCAUUUCUCUGCUGCAAGAUAACUGGUUUGGUAGUUCAGCUCGAAUAAAUACAUCUAGUAGCAAUGAAACCGCACCACCGACAUUCCUGCCCAAUUUCCCCAGCUCUCAGACUUCCCAGGGUCAAUCGGAGACUGUUACAUCAUCUUCGUCUAAUAGUUCAUCGCUCAUCUCAAACAUCUCACCUUCUCGACGGUUGAGACAGAACGAGAUGCCCACCUACCUCCCGUCCCAUCUCCCAGGACCCAUUCUUCCAAGUCCUCCACAAACCAAAGGAAGCCAUACGCGGGAGACGGACAUCGCUUCCUUCAAUCCCAUGUUCACACCUUCCCGGACAGCUGGCAUUCACAGCAUGACUGCCAAUUUCCCAGUGUUUCACGAGCACCAACCUCCAGGCAGCUUCAACAUCGCAAAGUCCAACCAACUGCCAGGUAGUGUCGCCCAAACCCCUUUCAACUUCAAUAACAUUUUUAAUGAAUCCUCCCAAGUGGCCUCGAGCACUCACGUCUCAGAUGCUCAAACAUUAAACCACAGCAUUGGCUUGACCCCAACCGUCCACCUCCAUGGGAAUGCGUCGCUGCCCUCGGAGGAAAGUGUGCUUCAUGGGAACAUGAGUCAGAGACAUCCUGCUCAGCCGUUUGGUCUUUUGGCUCAGAAUCGCCCACCGAUGGGAGUCCCGACGCCGAUGGGUAGGCCUCACCAUCAGUUUCAUAGCUCUUCUUUCAUGCACCACUACUGAAUAAAAUCCCCAUGGCCCGGUAAAUACAAAGGUCAUCGAUUAAUUGCUAAUUGCUUACAAGCAUUGAUGCUUUCUUAGCAAUCAGGUAAAAAAAAUCACUGAGCAAAAUGUGCAUGGGAGGAUGGUCUUGAUAGGCUAUUUCAUUUAGCAAUUAAUCGCUAUCCUUUGUUUUACGGGGCCAUUAUUAAUGUAUGACUGCUAUCUUUAUUCAUCUGAAAUAUUAACUGCCAAUCAGUUGUAACGGGUGCUUGGAAAGAAAUAAUCAUAUUGUAAUAUUCCCUUUCUUUGAAAUUUUCACUUGGGUCCCUUCUGAUUUGUCCAUACGGUGCUACGUCUUUAUGCAUUUUCACUUUAAGGCUUUUUAUCCAGGUUAGAUACUGUAGCACCGAAGAAGAAGUGCUGAACAUAAAGUGAUUUUUAUUUUUUUUGGGGGGGAGGGGGGUGAGAGAAAUUGAUUCAAUCGAUUUCCAUAAACAAAAUUGUCAUAAACUUGUCCCUUAUUACAACAUGAACCCUUUCACCCAAAAUACACAUGGGGAGUUUUUGACACCUAAGACUGCAGUGCAUUUUAUUUCCAGGUGCGACAGUCUUUAAUCUUUAAGACUCAUUGAAGAACAUGAUUUCUUCUAAAUUUGGCAAUGAAGUGGUUACCAGAUUUCUUUUUGAAGUACAGUGACAUCAUUAGCUUCACAUUUUUUUGUAUGGAUUCCCCAAGAGGCUUUAGCCCAAGGUAUCACAAGGAUUGGGCUGAAUGAGAUACAUCUGAGAAUCUCCUUUAUUAUUUAUUUUUAGAAUUAUCCAAGCAUUAAUUUUUUAAAUUUUGAAUAAGACAAGUUAUUGAUCCUUUUUUAUUAUACGCAUGAAACAGUAUAUUUUUCUUCAUUGAAAACUUGUGAUAUUGGUUUUGCAGAUGUACUGUAUGUAUCAUUGAUAACAGUCAUUUAAAAUCUUUUAUUUAAUGGAAAUUAAUGUGUGUGAUUUAAUUUUUCUGUAUGUGUAUAGAAAAUUUACAAUUAAUCAUGAAUGGAAUUACGGAAACAUAAACGUGCUGAAUGAAAAUGAUUUCUUUUUUAUAUGAUUUCAAACAAAACAAAAUCAUGUUCUUUUGAUACACAAAAUAUUGUUCAAGAUUACUUUUUUCUCGGAGCAUUAGUAACCAUGUUUAUUGUGAUAAUAUUUUCAUUGUUGAUGCUAUGCCGCAUUCUGUGUCAAUUGGUUUACCGGUAUUUAUUUUCACACGUCGAUAAACCUAUAGCACCUGUUAUGUGUAGAAUUUUGUUAUAGUUAUACAAUUGAAAGCUAAUUUCUACAAUACCAGACAAUGAAUAUUGAUCUGCCAGUGACCUAAUAGUGCCAGAUUGUCUACCUUCGCCGGCCGCACAGAAACGUAGUUGGUUUAUUUUCAUUUGGUCCAAUUCCAAUUCGUCCAAUUGCCAACUCGUCUACUAUCAUUUGGUUUACCAU